UUUGAUUUGGUUUGGAGUACUUAAGCCAUCAUAAAAAUCGACAUAUACGUAUAUGUUAAUCGCAGUGUGUAAAUGUGUAUCUGAAAUUCCGAAUUAUAUCGUCAAAACGAAGCUUAUCAUAAUAAACUCCCAAGCAUCGUCGCAUCGGUUCAGCUUUAUAGUUCGCACCCUGUCGAUUUCGGAUUUGUAUUAAGCUCAAACUACUCAUGGAGCAAGAGAUGGACAAGUCAAGCGCGGCCGGCGCCGACGACGAGGAAGCCGAGCGCAAACUCUUGGCCGACACGUCGGACGAAGAGGAGCCAGAAGACGACGAGGUCCUCCCGUCUUACGACGAUGGCGGACAGGUGCCCUCGAGCGCCGGCAAAUCUGCCAAUGCUAUGGAGACGGUGGAAGGUGACGAAGAAGAAGAUGACGAGGACAGUGAUUCGGACGAUGACGAGGACGACGACGAGGAGGCGAAAGUUCAAUCUUACCAAAACGACCAAGACGAGGACGAUGAUGACGACGAUGAUGAGGACGACGAUGACGACGGGGAUGGGAACGAGGACGAGGAUGAGGCGGAGGUAAAAGUUUACGAGUCAACCGUCACGGCCCAGCCCUACAACUACGACGCGCACAAGCUGCUCAUCAACAAGCUCCACUCCAUGGGCGAGCUCGAGCGGCUCAGGGCUGCUAGGGAGAACAUGAGCUCCACCUUCCCCCUCACCUCUGACAUCUGGUUAGCCUGGAUCAAAGAUGAGAUUAAGUUGUCCAUCACUUCGGAGCAGAAGCUUAUUGUAUUGGAGCUCUGCGAGAGAGCUGUCCAGGAUUACCUCUCUGUGGAAGUGUGGCUGGAAUAUUUGCAAUUUAGUACCGGACUUGGUACUGACAAAGAGACCACUGAAAAGAUUAGAAACCUGUUUGAGAAAGCAUUAACUGCAGCUGGACUGCAUGUUAUGAAAGGAGCUCUGAUCUGGGAUGCAUUUAGAGAAUUUGAAAACUUCCUUCUUCUCAUGAUUGAUUCAGAUGGUCCGGAAAAAAUGGAUGAGGUAAAUCGCAUAGGUAAGCUUUAUCGACGUCAGUUGUCUUGCCCGCUCUAUGGUAUGGAAAAGACGUUUGAAGAAUAUGGUAUAUGGAGAAGCACGGAGGGCAGUGAUUGUGCAGAGGAUGAAAAAAUUAUCAAGAGCAACUAUGAAAAAGCCUCCAUGCAACUUAAUGCUCGGUUGCCAUUUGAAUUGAAAUUAGAGUCAUCUGAAACUAAAGAAGAACAGUUAGAUGCAUUUAAAAUGUAUCUGACUUAUGAGAAAGAACAUGGUGAUCCUGCAAGAGUUACAGUGCUUUAUGAAAGAGCUGUUGCAGAAUUGAGUUUGGAACCUACUUUGUGGAUAGAUUAUGUGGAAUACUUGGAAACUACUUUGAAAUUAGAUGACAUUAUAGAGAAGGUUUACAUCAGAGCGGUCAGAAAUGUUCCAUGGUGUAGUAAAAUUUGGCAAAAGUGGAUUAGAUUUUACGAAAAGAGCAACAAGCCUGUUGUGGAAACACAAAAAUUAAUCGAAAGCGCACUGCAAAUGGAAUGUUUUUCUGCUCCUGAAGAGUACAAAAUCCUCUGGAUGACAUAUUUGGAAUAUUUGCGUCGUAGAAUCGACAAGUCAGAAGAUGAAAAGAAGCAGAUUGAAAUUUUAAGAAACUCGUUUGACAAAGCUUGUGAAUUUUUGGCGCGAUUUGGUCUCCAAGGGGAUCCUAGUUGCGAAAUUUUACAGUUUUGGGCUAGGAUUGAGGCACUUUAUGCAAGUGACAUGGAAAAAGCUCGAAAUUUGUGGUCAGACAUCAUGUCUCAGGGCCAUUCUGACGCAGCUGCCAGUUGGCUGGAAUACAUCUCGUUAGAAAGGUGUUAUGGUGAUACUAAACACUUGCGUAAGCUUUUCCAAAAAGCUUUGGGAUCCGUCAAAGAUUGGCCGGAAAUUAUAUCAAACGCUUGGAUCAACUUUGAGCGGGAUGAAGGAACACUAGAACAGAUGGAAGUUUGUGAAACAAAGACCAAGGAGCGAUUAGAAAAAGUUGCGGAAGAGAGACUAAAAUUGCAACAGCGCUCGAUGACACAAGAAGACGCAUCCACGAGUAGAAAAGCAGGAAAGAGAAAAUUGGAUGACAGUGGAAAAUGGAAAAACCUUGGAUCUACAGCAAAAACAGCAAAGAUGGACAGAUCUAAUAAAGAAAGUGCAAGGCCAUCAAAUUUCACAGAAAAAGGAAAAAUUUCACCCGAAAAAGUAACAAGUACUACUGUAAAACCGAAAAUAGCACCACCUCCUGGUUUUGAGGAACGUAAUCGAGAAAGAAGAGAAGAAGAGUCACAAAAUAUGCCAGAAGUUGAUGACAAAAUUUCCGUAUUCAUUAGUAAUUUAGAUUUCACAGCAAAUGAAGAAGACAUUCGAGAAAUUUUCAAACCAGUUGGUCCCAUUACCUUAUUUAAAUUAGCUAAAAAUUUCAAAGGACAGAGCAAAGGAUUUGGUUACGUACAAUUCAGCAGUCCUGAAGAGGUAGAAGAAGCUCUAAAAUUGGACAGAGCACGUAUUGAUGGCAGACCUAUGUUUAUUUCAAGGUGUGAUCCUAACAAGACAUCAAGAAAUCCAGUUUUCAAAUACAACAUUGCUUUGGAAAAAAACAAAAUCUUCGUCAGAGGGCUACCUCAAUCCGUGACAAAGGAGGAUUUGAUAGAAAUUUUCAAGGUUCACGGUGAAUUAAAGGACGUUCGUAUAGUAACAUACCGCAACGGCAAUUCAAAGGGUAUUGCUUACAUAGACUUUGAAGACGAAAGCAGUGUAGCUAAAGCUGUAGUAGCGACCGACGGAAUGCAGAUAGAGGAUAGGGUAAUAAGCGUAGCUAUAAGUCAACCACCGCCUCGAAGGUAUGUGCCAAAUAGCAGUGACGAGCCAUACGCACCGACCAGAUCGCUUGGCGGCACUACGUCAAAAAGAACAACUUUCGGCAAUCCCAAAACGAUCUUGUCACUUGUACCUAGAACUGUCACACAGAAACUAGCUGCAAGUAGUAAUAAUGAGAGCGAUAAAGUAACUGGCAACGGGGCUGGAAAUGGAGUUACUACUAAGCCAAUGAGUAAUGCAGAUUUCAGAAAUAUGCUGCUGAAAAAGUAAUAUUCGAGUUUGUUUAUAGGCUUUGCUAACGAAAAGCACAAAGAUAAUUCAUAAGUUAAAAUCUUCAAAAAUCUAUACUGUCACCUUUUAAUGUGCAGCAUGAAUGUAUGGCACAACUAUAUCCACGCAAGAUAAAUUCAUGCUGAAUCUCUGGAAAACAAAGUUAUCAUUGGAGCCCAAAACAGCUUUCUCUGUACACUGCGUUCUGCACAUGCUAUACAAAAAUAAUUGAUUCCUUGAACAUUCUUAUACCAAGUUGCAUGGAUAUAGUUAGAGUCUACAGUGUAUUUUACAUUUACUUGGAAUUCUACAAGUAUGAAGUAAAGUAAAAAAAAUGAGUCAAAGAGAUUUUUUAAGAUUUGAAAUUGAUAGAUUAAUAAAACACAAAAGAUAAAUUCACCGACAUUAAAGUAAGAUUUACUAAAGUAAAGGAUAUAUUCUACAUGAGUAAUAAAGUUUGUAUUUAUGUACAUAUGGAUGAGAUGAUCGGCUUGAAGCAUUACACCAAUCCAAUGCUACAAUCUAAGAUUACGUGAGUCAUGUAAAAUUAUAUAAACAAUGCAUAA